GCCGCGCGCGGCCGGAUGCGCGCCCCGUCCAUCACCGCCGUGAGGGGCGGGCCCGGCCAAUGGCGGGCGCGUGUGGCGCCCGUCACCGUGGCGACGGGGCCGGUCCCGGGGAGGCGGUGAUGGGUUGACAGGUGCGUGACAGUCGGGAGCUUCUCCGCAGGCAUGUACGGCAAAGGCAAGAGCAACAGCAGCGUCCCGUCCGACAGCCAGGCCCGCGAGAAAUUAGCACUGUAUGUAUAUGAAUAUCUGCUCCAUGUAGGAGCGCAGAAAUCAGCCCAGACAUUUUUAUCAGAGAUAAGAUGGGAAAAAAACAUCACACUGGGGGAGCCCCCAGGAUUCUUGCAUUCCUGGUGGUGUGUGUUCUGGGAUCUCUACUGUGCAGCUCCAGAAAGACGAGAAACAUGUGAACACUCAAGUGAAGCAAAAGCCUUUCAUGACUACAGUGCUGCAGCAGCUCCCAGCCCAGUGCUAGGAAACAUUCCCCCAGGAGAUGGCAUGCCAGUAGGUCCAGUACCACCGGGGUUUUUUCAGCCUUUCAUGUCCCCCCGGUACCCUGGAGGUCCAAGGCCACCUCUCAGAAUACCCAACCAGGCCCUCGGAGGUGUUCCAGGGAGUCAGCCCCUCCUGCCCAGCGGGAUGGACCCCACACGGCAGCAGGGUCAUCCAAACAUGGGUGGGCCGAUGCAGAGGAUGACUCCUCCAAGGGGAAUGGUGCCAUUAGGACCACAGAACUAUGGAGGUGCCAUGAGACCCCCUCUGAACGCUUUAGGUGGCCCGGGGAUGCCUGGGAUGAACAUGGGUCCUGGGGGUGGUAGACCUUGGCCAAACCCAACCAAUGCCAAUUCUAUACCUUACUCCUCAGCCUCUCCUGGGAACUACGUGGGUCCUCCAGGAGGUGGAGGGCCACCAGGAACACCCAUCAUGCCUAGUCCUGCAGAUUCGACCAACUCUGGAGACAACAUGUACACUUUAAUGAACGCUGUGCCACCUGGGCCAAACAGACCUAAUUUUCCACUGGGGCCAGGCUCAGACGGACCCAUGAGUGGACUGGGCGGAAUGGACUCACAUCAUAUGAAUGGAUCAUUAGGCUCAGGAGACAUGGACAGUAUUUCCAAAAACUCUCCUAGUAAUAUGAGCAUGAGCAACCAGCCUGGCACUCCCAGAGAUGACAGUGAGAUGGGCGGAAACUUCCUAAACCCUUUCCAGAGUGAGAGUUACUCCCCUAGCAUGACAAUGAGUGUGUGACCCGUUCUCAAGUGUCGCCAUGAAGACCACAGUGAGUUGGCCCUCUCCAGAGAGCUACUGCAGAAGAAAAUUAUUCGUCCCAGUGUACAGUUUAACUAAAGGAUCUCAGACACAAUCAGACCCACCCAUUUUGUUUUUUUCUCCCUACCAUCUCCCCCGUUUUGUCAAGAAAGUGGGUCCCAAACAUGCUUGAGACACCUGUAAGGAGUGGCAUGCGAGAAGCGCCCGAGGUGGAGCUGCCAGCGCCUGUCUGUGUGUGUACAUGUGUGGGUCAGCGUGGGGUGUGUGUGUGUGACACACCAAGCACACACACACACACAGACCCCAGGACACUGUAAAAUAGGAUCACAUGACAUCUUACGUAGAAAUCAGAAGUAGGGACUUUUAUUCCAUUUCUUUUUUUUUUUUUUUUCUUUCACGUUUACAUUUUAAUUAUUAAAAUUUGCUUUCCCUCUCCCCUCCUGAACUGUUUUAUGUUGCAUAUAUCACUGCUUUAUAAGUUAUUUUUUAAGUUGAACUCAAAGGAUAAAUUCUUUUGAUUUUGUUAGUGUCUGCCAUCAUGGAUAGGAAUAAAAUUGCUUAUACGAGCUUUCA